UCUCUCAAGACUGGACUUCUAUUUAAUUUGAGGGAGAUGCUAAGAUCAAAGAUGGUGGCAAAGAUUAUGGGCAAUUUGGUCCUUGUGGUGGAGGAUUUUUUUCCCUUCUCUAUGUUCUUUCAUUCUUUCUUUGUCUUGAGUCUUAACAAACAAACGGGGUAGGAUGCUGAAAUAGCAUUCUGUGCCUUAUAUGGCAAGUCAACGGGCUUGCCACUUGAUUUAUAUUUUGUCCUCUAUUUUGAUUUUAUGUUUAAAAAAACAAAAAAGGACUACAUGAAAUUGGGGAAUCGGGAGAAUUUUUUAUUUUAUUUUAUAAUUCUCUGUGGUAAACUUUGGAGCUUUGUUUUCACUUGCAUUCGCAGACAUUAUGGGCCUAAUGGACCCAAAUCCUCCUUUCAGAUCGUGCUUAAAGCCCAGUUAAAAAUUGACCACUGGAUUGGCCCACAUUUAUGAUCAACUUUCAAUUUUGGCCUUUUAUUUCCCCGUACAUAUUUUACGAAGUCGUUCAGAUUCAUAGCUCGUUUUCCCGGCUAAAACAAAAAUGGAAAAAGAUCAAAGAAAGCCAUCAACUUCGAAGGCGCGACGGGAAGGAAACAGAAAGAUGAAGGGAACGUUAAGUCAGUCUUCCAUGAACUUCUCCAGGAAGUACAUUGAAGAUGAUAAUUAUGAAGUAAGAGAAGAAGGUAAAGGAAUGUUAGUUUUAGAAGAAGGUGGUUCUAAGGUUGAUGACCUUGCAGAAAAAUUCCAGUGCUUGACCCUCCACAAGCGAGACACUCCCAAACGAGUUAUUGUGCUGAUAUUAGGUGAAGAAUUCUUCUCGGAAAAGCAUGGACUGUGGAGGCAUGAGCAAAAGAGCAGAGCUGCUAGGCUAGAGAAACAGCUCAAAGCAAGGUGGGAACUUGAGGAGCUAAUAGAUGAACAAGUGAACAGGUUCAAUGUCCACUACAACCAUGCCAUGCUUCCAGCACAGCUUAAGGAUAUCCCGCAGCUGCUAAUGCCCAACUGGGCUCCUCCCUAUGAGCUGGCUGCCAAGGCUUGGCUUGGAGAUUGGCGGCCCUCAGCCAUUCUAGAGCUCGUACGUCGCCUCUUCUUCUCCUCCUCAUCGUCGUCAUCCUCAUUUUCGGAUUCUAAUGAAGAGCUCUUAUCACUGCUCAUUCAUGACACUCGUAUUGAAGAGACAGUCCUUGAUGAGGAAAUGGCUGAGAUUCAGGCCACAUGUAUUCUCCACCUUCCUUUUGUCCCCGCUAAAAUUCAAUCAGACACAGCUUCCUUGGCUUGUGUUCAGUCGGAGUUCAAGAAGAUUGAACGGGUGAUUACAAAAGCCCAAAAACUCAGGUUCAAGACGUUGGAGUCCGUGUUGAAGAAGGUGUUGAGCCAAACUGAUGCAGCAGAGUUCUUGGUAGCAUUUGAGGGAAUUCAAGAUGCAGUUCACCAGUUUGCAGUAAAUAAGACGUUGCGAAAGGGUCCAGUGACGGUGCCUCUCAAGGUCUCGGGGUCUAAAUGAUGGAAAAUAUUGCCAGCGGUAGGGAGUUAGGGACUCGCUGAUAAAAUCAGAUUCAGUAAAUGAGCAAAGACAAAAGACUUUUCCAUUGUAACCUUUUUUCUCAACCAGCUGUACCCAUGAUUUGUUGCAUAGCUUCUAGUUUGUUGGUAUUGCAGAUGGGAUUUCUUCUGUGGGAAUGGGACAAUAUGGUGUUGUCUAACCUUUCUUUUUUAUAUGGAAGGAACUCAAAACAGAUUGACGUUGUUCUCCAUGUAAAAAUCUAUGCAUGGAAGUGAUUGUAACUCACAGGGGUGGAACUGAAACAUUUAAAUGUAAAAAAAUUCCUACAUUGAAUGAAAAACUGCAUACCUUCAGAUUUACA